ACACUCUGUCUCUCUUGGUCAAUAAACUACUAUCUACAUUUCCUUGAAUCUUCUUCCCAAGAUAAACAAAUAUAAAUUAUAUCUUACUUAUUUUUAUUUUUCAAUUAAAUCAAUAUACAAACUUAACUUAUUAUUACUUCCAUUUUCAAUCCAUACACUUUUUUCUUUUCCUCUUAAUAACUCACUUUCUUAACCACCACCACCACCAUGAACCUACCGGAAUUUCCCUCCUGCGGAACCUUAACACCGUCUCCAAAGAAAGAGCUACAAAUACAAGGCACACGUCCGCCGCCUCUCAGAGUCAGCAAAGAAUCUCACACAAUCCGGAAACCUCCGCUUCCUCCGGCGGCUCAUCACCAUCCUCCUGCAGGAGCCUCACAGCACCGACAACCUCUCAUCAUCUACUCCGUUUCUCCGAAAGUCCUCCAUGUUACAGAAAACGACUUCAUGGACGUUGUCCAGCGUCUCACCGGACCUUCCACAGGCGAUGAAGCUUAUCAACAAUCAGGAGCGGUUUCACCGGCGGCGAGGCUUGCGUCUAUCGAAAGAACGAGUCCGACGGAGAGAGACAGGGCUCAAAACGUAGACGACGACUUGACGUGGUUACUAGAAGGAGUUGAAAUGGGACAGUUCCCUGGGAUAUUAUCUCCGGCACCUGCGACUUUACCGCCGAUAUCGCAGGGUUUUUUUUCACCUAUGAACGAACCACAAACGACGCCGUUUUGGCAUGAUAUGAGUCCGUUUUGGUAUGGUAGUAGCUUCGUUGGGAGUCCGUCGGGUUUACUUUCCGCCGCCGUGGUAUCUCCGUUGCCAUCGCCAGAUCUGUUUAGUAUAUUCGACUAAUUUUUAAUUUUUUUUUAGAAAUGUCUUUUUUUUUUUGACUUUUCAUUGAUGAUUUUGAUUAGGAACGUUGAAAAUUCAACAUUUAUUCACUGACUUUUUGUGCCAUAUCAACCAUAAGUUUUGUUUUGGUCUUCUGUAUAUUGGUGUAAUGGGAAAUAAAUAUCAAACAAAUGUCCAAGCUUUGGUCCA